UUAUUUUGGUUUAUUUUUUGUUGUUAUUUGUUUUUUCUUUUUGCUUAAUUUUGGUCUCGUGCUUUGACCGAGUUCUUUGACAACAACAAUAAAAGAUAAAAGCAACAACAACGUCAACGACACAGAAGAAGCCCCAACAACAAAAUGGAUGCCGAGGCACAUCAAGGUCAUCCGGUGGCCAAGAAUCAGGAAUCAGCGGAAGCAGGCCGAGGAGAUGUUAAUGGCACAGACAAGUCCAAUCGCAAGGAGGCACACGAUGAGGCUUAUCAUCCACCCACAAGCUACCUGGAGACGAUUGUGCAUCUGUUCAAGGGAAACCUUGGACCCGGUUUAUUUGCCAUGGGUGAUGCCUUCAAAAACGGUGGCCUAGUGGUAGCUCCAAUCCUGACCAUGGUGAUAGCGAUGGUAUGCAUCCACUGCCAGCAUGUCCUGAUAACCUGCUCCAAGAAGAUGCGUGACCUCCGUGGGGAGGCAGUGUGUUCGGAUUAUGCCGUGACCGUGGAGCGAUGCUUCGAGAAUGGUCCAUCCAAGCUGAGGAGUUGGUCAAGGACCAUGGGUCGUCUGGUGAAUGUAUUCAUAUGUGUGACCCAACUGGGUUUCUGUUGCAUCUACUUUGUAUUCAUCAGCACGAAUCUGAAACAGAUCCUGAAAGCCUAUGACAUUGGCAUGGAUGUCCAUCUGGUGAUGCUGAUGGCCUUUGUUCCCGUCCUCCUCAGCUGUCUGAUCACAAACCUCAAGUGGCUCACUCCCGUGUCGCUGUUUGCCAAUGUUUGUAUGGUCCUUGGCCUGGGCAUUACCCUGUAUUAUGCACUCAGGGAUGGAUUACCGGAGAUUAGGGAACGCGCCCUCUGGACGAAUGGCCCCAAGCUGGCUCUCUUCUUCGGCACCGCCAUCUUUGCCUUCGAAGGCAUCGCCCUGGUGAUGCCGCUGAAGAAUUCCAUGCGCAAGCCACGCCAGUUUGAGAGUACUCUCGGUGUGCUCAAUGUGGGCAUGUUCCUUGUCACCGUAAUGUUCAUGUUUGCCGGAUCCGUGGGUUACAUGAAAUGGGGCGAACAGGUGGGCGGCAGUCUUACCCUCAAUUUAGGGAAUACCAUUCUGGCCCAGACAGUCAAGAUGAUGGUCUCCACCGGAGUCCUCUUGGGUUAUCCCCUCCAAUUCUUUGUGGCCAUUCAGAUUAUGUGGCCCAGUGUGAAGCAAAUGUGCCGCAUCGAAGGACGAUCCUUGCCCGGUGAGCUGGGCUUUCGCACUUUCAUGGUGCUCAUUACGCUUGCAAUUGCUGAGCUGGUUCCGGCUUUGGGACUCUUCAUCUCAUUAAUUGGAGCUCUCUGUUCGACGGCCUUGGCCUUGGUCUUUCCACCCGUCAUCGAGUUGAUAGCAAGGAGUGAGCCCAAUAAGGGGCCUGGAGUUUUGAUUUGUGUGAAGAACUUGGUCAUCUUGGUGCUGGCACUGUUGGGCUUCUUCACGGGAUCCUACGAGAGCCUCAAGCAGAUUAUCAAGCACUUUGGGGAAGAGGAGGUGCACUAGAUGGAGUAGCCAAGGAUGAAGCUCCAGGUCUUCAGCAAGGGAUUAUCAUCAGGAACACAAUCAGGAUCAUCACAUGGAAUAGCAUCAGGAUCAUUAUCAGGCUAAGAAGAAAUAAACAAAGCCAUAAAUAUCUGAGGUUCAUAAAGGUUGCCAAAGAGAAAGACAUCACAGAGACAGCACAGGACAUUGAAAAAGAAAGAUAUUAUCUAUAUAAAACAUUUUAUAUGAAUUAAUAUAGAUUCGCAUCAGUAUCAUCCAUAAUCCCAUGUGCCACCAUGAUCAUCAUUUAUAUACCCAAAAUGAGCAGGUUUUUAAUAUAUCCCUAACAAAUUGACAUAACUAACUAAAGAAUAUAUAUUUAUAAAUAUGCGAAUUUAUUCCGUAUGGAAAAUAAUGGAGUGUAUAUUUUUAAGUGCCUUGUAUUGUGUCUUUAGUGAGCGUGAAGCGCAUUUUACUUAUUAUAAUUGAUUAUUUUUUUAUCGAUAUUAAGUGAGAAUAAACAAUGGGACGUUUGUUUUGACGUCACUUGACAUAAA